AUGAGUCCUCGAGAGCUCGCAAGAAGGCUGGAGGUGGCUGAAGCGGUGGAGUCGAACCAGCUCAAUGUGUCUUCGAAGUUGGAACUGCUGCACACGCGCGUGCAGAGCCUGGCCAACAGUGAGCAUACGAAGCAGGCGCACUCCCACGAAAGUCGCGGCUUCGAUCAGAAUGAGGCGAGUCGCAAGCUUGUGAUGCGCCGCGAGGAGCAAAUUAUACAGAUCCACGAGCAGCUGUCUCGGAUGCUGGAGCAUAUCAGCAAAAUCCAGAAGAAAAGCGACAUGGACCUUUGCAUGCAGCACCUGGCGGGCAAAAUCGACGUCCAGAAGAUGCUGGAUGUGCAAACCAUGAAUCUAAUGCAGAAGAUCCGGGAGAUCCAGCUCAACAGCCCGGACCUUUCCAUGACCCUCCAGGAGCUCCAAACAGCAUCUGCUCCUCAAGAUCUGGAUUUCUCCGUGGUCAUCGCAGAGAUCCAGCGGGCGCAUCUCAUGAUCGAGGAAGACAUGCAGGUGCUGAUGAAGGAGAUCGGUAAGAUUCAGCAGCACCUGAAUUUGGACUAUUUGCCGUUGGCAUGUGAAGCUACACCGCGGUCGAUGCUGGAAUCCGAGGAUUCCGUCGAGCAUGUGCGCGCGGCCCGAAAAGCCGUUGCUUUCGAGGAGCCUUUGGAGGUGGAUGUGGGUGAUGAGGAUCCAACCUCCGACGCUCCAGAAAGUCCAAUGGGAGAUCUGAUGAGCAGGGCUCAUGUGGCCAACAAGGUGAAGAAGCUGAAGCGAGUUCGAGAGAUGUCCUCUCAGACAGAGGAUUCCUACCGUGACACUGGCUGUCAGACGGACACUGACUUCCACAAGACUUCGCACAAGAAGCCUCGAGCGUCAAUCGAGCCGAAGAAAAACAACAAACCGUUGGUGCCUGCGCGUCCGGGUGGGCUCCAGGACCAAGAUGCAUUCAAAGAGAAAGCGCGGCGGGCGCUUUUGAAGCCUCAAUACAACGUGUUGGACUACUAUCACACAUCAGGCAUCUGCCAAAGAAUUGCAAGGAGCCUGUGGUUCGACAACGUGACAGUCGCGAUCGUUGGGUUGAACGCGAUUUGGAUUUCCAUCGACAUCGACUACAACGAAAGCAUAUUGCUAAUGGAGGCAGACACGGUUUUCCAAGUGGUCGAACAUACCUUCUGCACUUACUUCUUCUUCGAGAUCUCAAUUCGGUUUGGUGCUUUUGCGCGAAAGCGGCAAGCUUUCCUGGAUCCGUGGUUCCUCUUUGAUCUGUUGCUGGUAACCAACAUGGUCGCCGAGACCUGGCUGGUGCCGAUCGUGAUUUCCAUUCUGGGUGAUGGGGCCAACGUUCUGAAUGUUUCCUUCCUGCGAAUGAUGAGAAUGGUGAAGCUCUUGCGCCUGUCCCGAGUGACGAGGUUCAUCCGGGCAGUUCCCGAACUUAUCAUCAUUGUGAAGGCCAUGGGUUUCGCGGCGCGUUCUGUGCUCGUGUUCUUCUUCGUGUGGCUAGUUAUUAUUUACGUCUAUGCUGUGGUACUGCGACAAGCCACUGACGGAUCAGAUGUUGGAAUCUUGCUCUUCCCUUCGGUUCCUGAUGCCAUGAACUCCCUCCUUCUGGAUGGGCUUCUUGCAGACUAUGCUCCCUUCAUGAAGACGUUGGGCUCAGCGGGCGUGCUCUUGUACAUCGUGGGCCUGACAUACAUUCUCCUCGUCGCAGUGACGGUGAUGUACAUGCUUGUGGGCUGCUUGGUGGAGGCAGUCGGGGCCAUCGCAAGCUCUCAGAAGGAAGGCUUGGUCGUCAGCUACGUGGCAGGGAGCAUCCGGAACAAGAUGGAGCUGCUUGGGCACAAUCCCGAGGCGCCCAUUUCUCAGCAGGACUUCCAGAACUACCUGACUGACCCCGAGGUUACUGGGAUCUUGGCCAGUGUAAAAGUCGACGUGGUGGUUCUCGCAGACAUGCUCGAGAUGUUCUACGAAGACUUGGAGCGCACUGGUGACGUGAUGACCUUCGAGAAGAUGGUCGAGCUCAUGCUGAACGGCCGCGGCUCGAACACAGCCACGGUCCGUGACACCAAGGAGUUGCUGCGGAUGAUAAAGUCGGCAAUCCGAGUUCAGACUGCCGAGACCACCAAGAAGCUGGCCGAGGAGCUCUCCAGUGUUCAUCAGACCAUCAAUGCCAUGAGGGAGGAGGGUAUGUAUGAUGAUGCAUCCGACAGUGAUGAGCCAAAGCUCUCAAAAAGCCGUGCGGGGCUUGCCCCACCGCAGCCUACAUCGUCUGCGCAUCUGUCUGCGAAAGGCUGGUAG